GUAACCAAACUAAUCAGAAGUGAAUUUCAGAGAAAGAAAACGAUGAGUACGGGAGGAGAUGACAGAGCGACGGUGAGGAACAAGCAGGUGAUACUGAAAGAUUACGUGAGUGGUUUCCCAAAGGAAACUGAUUUUGAUAUCACCACCUCCACCGUCGAGCUUAAGCUACCUGAGGGGUCUAAGUCUGUUCUUGUGAAGAAUCUAUACUUGUCAUGUGAUCCUUACAUGAGGUCACGCAUGGGUAAGCCAGCUGCUUCUGGUCUUGCUCAAGCUUACACUCCUGGCAAGCCAAUCUUAGGGUUUGGAGUGUCAAGAGUGAUAAAAUCUGGACAUCCAGACUACAAAGAAGGUGACUUGAUGUGGGGAGUCGUUGGAUGGGAGGAGUACAGUGUUGUUACUCCUAUUCCUGACAUGCAUUUCAAGAUCCAGAACACCGAUGUUCCCUUGUCCUACUACACUGGACUUCUCGGUAUGCCUGGUAUGACCGCCUAUGCUGGAUUCUACGAAGUCUGUUCUCCGAAGAAAGGAGAGACGGUCUAUGUCUCGGCUGCAUCUGGUGCAGUUGGUCAGCUUGUAGGACAGUUUGCUAAAAUGAUGGGUUGCUAUGUUGUCGGAAGCGCAGGAAGUAAAGAAAAGGUUGAUCUCCUCAAAAACAAGUUUGGGUUUGAUGAUGCAUUUAACUACAAGGAAGAACAAGACCUAGCUGCUGCCCUCAAAAGGUGUUUUCCCAAAGGCAUUGAUAUAUACUUUGAGAACGUAGGAGGCAAAAUGCUAGACGCAGUGCUCGUAAACAUGAACGUUCACGGGCGUAUCGCUGUGUGUGGAAUGAUCUCACAGUACAAUCUUGAGAACCACGAAGGUGUACACAACCUAUCCAACAUAAUCUACAAGCGUAUCCGUAUUCAAGGCUUUGCAGUCUUUGAUUACUACGACAAAUACUCAAAGUUCUUGGAGUUUGUGAUCCCGUGCAUCAAAGAAGGGAAGAUAGCUUACGUGGAAGAUGUAGCUGAAGGACUCGAGAAAGGUCCUGAAGCUCUUGUUGGACUCUUCCAUGGUAAGAACGUUGGGAAGCAAGUUGUUGUGGUUGCUCGUGAGUGAGAUAGAAAGAUUUAAAUAAUAAUGGAUGGCUAAUGAUGUUGUGUUUCUGGUAACUAGAUAUAAAGCUUCUUUUAUUCAUACUAGGAAACCACCCCGCGCGUAGACGCGCGGGAGAAAAGAUGUUUUUUUUAAAGUAAUUUUUAUAUAAUUUAUAUUUGUUAGUCAAUCAUAUUGAAUCAUUUAAUAAACUAAUUAUUUUGUACGAAAAUCAAUACUUAAAAAAUAAUCUUAUAUAAUAGAAGAGUGAAAGUAUAAUUUGUGUUUGAAAACGUAUAAAUUUAAAUGUUAUGUGUUUAGCAUAACAAUAUUAAGUAAACUAUAAUAUUAAAGUUGCAGUCAUUUUCUUUUAUCUUUUUAUAUAUGAGAAGACAAACUUUUAAAAUUUGUUGAAAUGAUGGAACAGUUUAAACCUUUUAAUUAAAUAAUAUAAUAUAUUUUAAAACACUGUAAUUAACAUGCAAAGAACGACAUUUUUAAAUCUAUGACUCUCAGUACCUCCAUACAAACUGGGUUAGAAAAACAAAAAAAAAUAGACUUUAUCAGAAGAAGAAUAAGAGAUUACAAAAAAAAAAAAAAUUGGUUCUUUUCUUACAGCCAAAUUGGUUUGGAUAUGGUAGUUUAGUUUCGCUGAAACUAAACCUAUUAAAUUAUAUUUGCAGACACCACAUUAAAUUUUUGAAGAUCGUUUAAAACUAUAUAAUGAAUCAAAUAUUAUAUUUAAGAGUACUAAGAAUCAUACCUAUAUUAGAAAAAAACACAUAAAUUUUCUUAAAAAAUUGCAUCUGUAAAACAUUCUAUUUAUAGUAAUCUGAAAAGGUACAUUGAUAGAUUAUCAAGAGUUGUGUUUUGUUUUAAAAUGAAUAUUUUCAAGAGUUGCGAGGAAAAAGAAGUUCAACCAAAUACAUUUUCAGAACCAUUAGAUAGAACCAUAAUAAUUACAACCACGAGACUGAAACUCUUCAAAAAAAUUUUUAAAAAUCAAGAAUUAGGGAAAAGUAUGACUCUUCAAAUUAAAGAGAUGUGUUGUUUGAAAAAAAAUAACUUCUCAUAGCAAUUUUAAUUUAAGUAUAAAAAAAUAUUAAGACCAAUAGAAGAAAAAAAAAACAAUUAUAACCAAAGAUUGUAAUCCUUCAAAUAUGAAAAAGUAUGACUCUUUCAUGUAAAAAGAUGGGUUGUUUG